GAAACAACUACCAACCUCGAGACAGUAGCAGGCCUACUAGUGACUCAACGACUGUCGUGAAAGAACAUCGAUCAGAAUUGAUAGUGAAGUUGAAGAAAAAGUGACACCAAGAAACAUGCCCGCACCGACUGAAAACCUCUCUGCUCUGAUCACUUUCACCUUACCCACCUCCGCCUUGGACCAUGACGAAUCUAUCUAUUUGACUUUCCCUCCUCCGAGCGAAAGACCGACGGAGACGGUACGUCUUUCAGUAACCGAUCUUCGUCCGACUUUGGAUGGGGAGCAAACUCCGGGAGAACAGUUGAAGGAGAAAGGUUAUGCAGCUGCGAGACAUAAGAGUGAGUGGGUGGACGAGUUGCCUAAGGAAGAUGGGACGGAGAGGUAUCUUGAGGAGACUGCUGCAGCAAUGAAAGAAUGGCUAGGAUGUUCAUACGUCAUCGCGUGGAAUUCGGUCGUCAGGAAGAACCAAGUCGGUAUGCCACAGAAGCUUGUACCCAAGCAACAAGGUCCAGAGAAGGGCUUCGUUCCUACUACAAGGGUUCAACCUGUCGCCUCUGUCGCUCAUGUGGAUCAGAACGCUCAAUGGGGCAAAGAACUCUGCGGCAAGGCAAUGGGAAGAUCAGCAGACGAGGUGAAAAGGGCGAUGAUCGUCAAUCUCUGGAGACCUCUUCAUGGACCCGUCACCAAUGCCCCUCUCUUCGUCUGCCCUUACCCGACCCUCACUCCACAAGACCUCGGAACUCACGCCUCGCAAUACGGAUUCGGACAUGACAUUCAUCAUUCCCCAUCGCAACAGUGGGCGUAUAUCCGACAUCAAAUGCCAGAUGAGGUAUUGCUUCUCAAAUGUUAUGACACGGCGCAAGGAGAAGACGGUAGCGCUUUGUAUUGCGGUCAUGUGGCGGGACAAGUAGGGGAACAGGAUUGGGUAGAUGGGGAACAAGGCGCUGCGAGGGAGAGCGUCGAGGUGAGAUGCGUGGCUGUUUGGGAAUAGAUCCGUCCUUGUGCUUUCAUCAAGACAGACAUGGGUAUGAAUCAUCAACACUUAGUCUACUACAUACACUGUCCAAGUAACUAUGUGUAC